GUCUGAUAUUUUGGCGUCUGAACUCCGAGUUGAACUCAUAAGGGGGAAAUAACAGCCAGAUUAAAUAUACUUCUGCAACUAUAAUUACAUCAGGCCAAGAUUGUUCUUCGAUUCGUGGUGCAUCGAUAAGUUAAGAAUAAAUGGAGGAUUGGGAGGAUGAGAUUCCACCUAUCCCUACAAAGGCGCUGCCUAAAAGCAAAUGGGAUGAUGAAGAUGUUGAUGAUACUGAUAUCAAGGAUUCAUGGGAGGAUGAAGAAGAACCUCCUCCGCUUCAGCAACCUGUAGCAAAAGCUCCUGAAGAGAAAGCUCCCAAGAAACCUGCAGUGAAAGCUACUGAAAAGAAAGGGAAAGCUGUUGAAGUUGCUAAAGAAGAAUCCCUUGAUCCUGUUGCCGAGAAACUUCGCCAACAAAGGCUUGUUGAAGAAGCUGAUUACAAGUCAACCACUGAACUUUUUGCCAAGAAAGGUGAUGACAAGACUCUUGAUAAUUUUAUUCCCAAAUCUGAAAGUGACUUUUUGGAAUAUGCGGAGCUUAUUUCUCAUAAGCUACGCCCAUAUGAGAAAAGUUACCAUUAUAUUGCACUACUAAAGGCGGUGAUAAGACUAUCAGUGACUUCCUUGAAAGCAGCUGAUACUAAAGAUAUAGCAUCUUCAAUCACUGCAAUUGCAAAUGAAAAAUUAAAAGCAGAGAAAGAAGCCACAAGUAAAAAGAAGACAGGUGGCAAGAAAAAGCAGCUUCAUGUUGAUAAACCAGAUGACGAUUUGGUUGUUAACGCUUAUGAUGAUGUAGACGACUAUGACUUUAUGUGAUCCAUUUGGAGCUUAUACCACCAUGUUGUAGUGUUUGCAUAGGGAUCUCGUGUUUACUGCAGCAGCAAAUGUAGAGGAUGAUCCAACGGCUCUUUUCUUUUUUGGGUUUCUGAUUCUUGGAGAAAUUUACACGUCUUAUGAACGCUUCCAUAAUGUGAA